AUGCCAAGCUCAACCCACGUUGCGAGUUUGGUGGUGCAAUUUGUCAAGUUAAAGACGGAGGGCAAGCGAAUUGGGGGAAAACUCCAAGAAAAAAAGACCGGCACUGGGCUUCUUCUGGGGGUGCGGAAAACCGGCGCUGGGACGGCGUGGUUCGUCGCUCCAGCCCUGUUCGUUCCAUUCCAUCCGCUCUGUAGCACUACAAUUUUGCCGUCCGCGGAUGGAGUGGGCUGUUUUGGGGCGCCACAACCCUUCAAAUCGUCCAGUUCCUGUUGCGGCUCUUGUUUUGUUGGCGUUGUAUUUCUGGCAGACCGAAUCAGGAAGGCCAUGGUCCGUAGUUGUAUCGGUGUGGUCUCGUAUGGUCCAAAUCCUAAGAAUCCCAUCUUCGUUCUCUGGUACGUCGUCGUCGUAAUGAACGCCACCGGAAAGCCAUCUGACGGUGAGCCGAACGUAGUCUCGCCCACUCAAAGUGUAUAUACCGGCACAAUUAGCUUCGGGCUCAGGCAAGGCGGACGCCUACGCCCUUUCAGUCGGGUCUCGCUUCAAUUCGAUCUUAUUUCGUCCGGUCACCAUUGUUGUAAGGUGGUGGGAAUGCGUGACCUGUUGGCCCGCAAUCCGAUCCUGAACUAUACGGUGAGAACACCAAGAGGCUCUCUACUUCAUUCCCGUGGAAGUUUCAUCCGUAUGCACUCCGGCUGUUCAGCUGUCUUGGCUUCCGCUGGACCCUGUGCUUCUAUUUGCAAGAGUAGUAUUGCCAUCUCGAGGUCUAUGCGUUCCUCGUUGGCGAGGAUUGAAAGCACUGACAAAGAAUCGCCCCUGCAGCAGCUGAUGAUCAAUAACAAUCUGAGCCAUCAUAUUUGCCCCAAGUAA